AUGCUAUCGCCGGACCACACUCCUGCGCGCCCACCAGGCGUGUCGCCGCUAGCCAUGGCUUUGGGUACAGGCGCGGUGUCGGCACCAGCUUCACGGCGCUCCUCGAUAGUAUCGCGGAGCUCGGCACACGCCCUCUCACCCGCUGUGAGUCCCCGCACCCUCCUCCGCCCACACCUCAACCGCACCUCGACUACCACAUUGGCAGCGGCAGGCGGCGCGAUGAUGGAGACGUGCCCACCAGCCCCGGACCCGUUCCAUACCGGCGCGACGAUCAGUAUCAACCAGCCCGUGGGUAGUCUGUCCAUUUCCCCAUCUUCUCGCGAUGUCUGCCUCGCAUCCAGGAAAGGACUGUAUAUUCUCGACCUCGCGAAUCUCGAGAGCGCACCACGCUUCGUACCCCAGGGCGGGACGUGGCAGAUCGCCGACGUCCAAUGGUCUCCGCACGCCGUGACCGACAACCUCAUUCUCUCGACCUCGUGUCAGAAGCUCCUCGUUUGGGACCUCGCUGCGCAAGUGGCUCUUAAUAGGAGUAUCGAGGCUCAUGAACGCGCAAUCACCGAUAUCAACUGGGCCGCACUCAAUCCUAACAUGAUGGCGACGGUUGGGAUGGACGCCGCGGUCAGAGCUUGGGACCUUCGACACGAUUGUAAGCGUCCCGCCGUGCGCUUGUCUGCUUGGGGCGCAGCCGGCACGCAGGUCAAGUGGAACCGUCUCAACGAGUACGUACUCGCCACGGCGCACCACCGCGAAGUCCUCCUCUGGGAUACGCGGAAAGGCAGCGUGCCCUUUGAGAUUGUCGAGGCGCACCAGUCCAAGAUCUACGGUAUCGACUGGGACCGGGUUGAGCAGCACAAGCUUGUGACAUGCUCCCUCGACAAGACUAUUAAGUACUGGAGCAUUCCGUCUCUGUCUGGUGGAACCGACGGCUCUUACUAUCCCUAUUCGUACGAGACAAUCUCGACCAACUACCCUGUAUGGCGUGCUCGCCAUCUGCCUUUCGGGCAGGGCGUCCUCGCCCUCCCACAACGCGGAGAGACGGCACUCGAGAUGUUCGGUAUUGGUGGCGACACGCCUCUCGAACGCUUCGAGGGCUCCACCGGCGUCGUCAAGGAGUUCGUAUGGCGCAUCCGUGGCGGAACAGACCUGGCCGUCGAGGACCGGGAAUUCCAGCUCGUCACCUGGUCCAAGGACCGCAAGCUGCGUAUCUGGAAUGUGACGCGCGAGAUGACCGCGAAGGCAGGGUACAAGGCUGGCGCGCCGAUCCCGUACACCUCCACGCGCCGGGGCGCCAAGAACCGCACCUUCACCACCAUUCCGGGCGGGGACGCACGCUCUAACGCCAUCGCCCUCCGUCCGCAGGGUGCGCUGAGCAGCUCACCUGUGCUCAACCUCGGCAUCCCCGUUGGACCGAGCGGCAUAGGGCGCCAGCGGCUGAUGGCACACACCCAACGCGAGUCGGGUAUGACGCGCGGUGGAGGAGAGGCGCGCAAGAUGGACCAGCUUGAGUGGCUCACCAAGGUCGUCCGGACGGAGGAUCACGCGACCAAGGCCGAAAGCACGACCGGUACCCGCACGCCAGCAGUGAGCGACAGAGCGAGCGGGAGAGGCUCGUCGAGCUCGCGGUCACGGAGCCACUCGAAGCGCGAGCCGCUGCGACCGCUCAGCUCGAGUACGCGUACACCUUCUCGUGUUAGGGGCGAACGCAUCGAGGGCAAGGAGGAGUUGAUGAGCCUCAAGGGGGAGGUGCUUCUCGCACACAAGCGCUUCCCAAAGUCCAAGGUCAACUUUGAGAGGCUUGACCUGAUACAGCGCAAGCUAACUAUGUCGCUGAACGGGCCGUGGGCGAACGGCAACCGCGCUGCGUUCGUGCGUAUACACUGGUCGUAUCCCCAGAACUACCCGUACGCAAACGAGAUACCGACCUUUGAGCUCGAGCGCAACGCCACCGUAAGCCAGAUAACGCGGCAGCGUAUGGUGUCGACCAUCAAGGAGAUCCGGGUCAAGUCGAGACAGUGUCUGGUCUCCGUCACCGAGUUCCUGCUGGGAUACCACGAGAGAACUGGGCGCCUCGCGCUGGAGGAGGAGAGUGGCAGCGAUAAUGACGAGGUCGACGUCAAUGUGCCCAUGCUCAUCCGCACAACUGGUGCCGUCUUCGGACCCAACGGUCAGCUCGCGUGCUUCUUUCCCAAGCAGACGGUGCUGCCCCGCGCCCGUACCUCUCUCUCCCGCUCGCCGAGCGGGCAGUACGACCCACUGAAAUCGCCACUCGCACGCGCGAUGACUGCUCUUAGCAGGUUAGAGAACCCACACAAGCCCGCCGUAUCCCUCCGCUUCCGGCGGCGGAGAGAAAAGGCCAUGAUGGGCCCCGUGCAGCAGAGAUCACUCCUGACGCUGCGCAACGCCUCCAACCUGACCUCGGAGCCCGACAUGGCCUUGGCGGUGCAUUACACCACCACCUCGCCAGAGGGUAACUUCCGCGUCGCCGUCGAGGGCCGCCGCCUCGACCACGCCGACGUCUGGCAGACAGUAUACGGUGUCCUCGCCGACCCGCCGCCUCCGUACUCGGACCUACCCAAACUUGCUGGUCACACGAGUGCACCUCACGAGCGCAUGUUAUGGGAGCGCGACAUGGAGCGCAAGCGCCGGGUGCUCGAUGAGAUCUUCGAACGCCUCAUGGCCGCAGCCGACAUCCAGCUCCUCGCCCUCGUUGCAUGCAUGCUAGUCGAGUAUGACAAGACCGCGCCACCUCCCCCGCCUGCCAUCGAGGAGAUUGUCCACAAGUCCCCUGAGCGGGGAUACUUUGUCCUUCCCAGCCGUGACCGCCGCUCAUCCUCACUGACGAAUAUGACGCCGCCAGCUUCGGCAGGCCCCGGAUCAUUCAGGACGUCAGGCUGGUCCCAAAUCCUCAUGAACCCCUCCUCCAUCUCGCUCCGCGGAAUGACGUUGACGCCCCGUGAUAGGUCGUCCUUUGAGAUUCCCAACCGAACAAGCGUGAGCAGUAUCGACGAAGGAUCCAGCAGCUUUGCGGCCAGCAUGUCCCCCGUGCGGCGGAUGAACAUUCCUCCGCGGAGACAGAAUUCGACCACGAGCGCAGGCAGCUUGGGGGUUAUUCCAAGCCCUCGUCGUCUGGACCGACGCGAGUCAGGCGGAAGGGAGCUGUCGCGCACGGUCAGCCGUGACAUGCGCCCCCGGCCUCUGAGCGGAACGACCGAGUCCCCUCCCCCAUCUGCCGUUCCACCUACACCAAGCCGGCUCGCGAACACGACAAACGCGAGCGAGCCCUCAAGCGACGGGAGCGCGGGUCCCGGCGGAGUGCGCAACAAGGUUUCGUUUGGGGGUGGGAGUCCGCUGCGGCGAGCGUUUAGCCGCGCACCAAACCUCCCACCAGUUCAGCGGAGAAGUCCGACGUGUUCCGUCCGCAUCGACCUGAACAUGGACGAGCCCCCGACAACAUCGGCGUCUCUUCUUCGGCCAGAGCUUCGACCACAGGCCGAGAUCUGGAAGCUCGCAUACGCCGACCUCCUCCUCCGAGCCGGUCUCGUGGGAAAGCGCGCCGCCCUGCUCCAGUACCAGUUCACGACUGUCGAGGGGCCCAGUGUCGCCGCUGCAUCUGGCGACCUCCCGCAUCAGCAGCUCGUACUCGCGACCGUGUGCCGCUUCUGCAACGAGCACGUGCUCCAGCCUGACGAGGUGCGGUGCAGUUCGUGUACGCGAUACAAGGAGGCGCCACUGUGUAGCGUGUGUCGGCUGCCUAUCAAGGGCCUCGCCACCACGUGCACAACAUGCACCCACACAUCGCACACGCGAUGCCUGCGCAACGUCAUGCGCAGCCAGGCCGACCAUUGCCCGUCCUGCCAUUGCCGCUGUCUCGCCGAGCGCGGGCUAUCUGGGGCUUUCCGCACGACGCCGAAAUCGGACGCAAACCAGGCUCCGUCAUACUGGCCGACCCCGUUUCCGCGGAUGAACCACCUCUCACUCUCGACCUCGCCAACCCGCCUUGAAUUCGACGGGCCGCAAUUCUCGGAAUUUGUGCGCCUCGCCGACCGGCUGCCCGAUCCCGAGCUAGAAGCCGAAGACAACAACGAAGCCAAACCUGAGGCAGAGCUUGAAGCGGAGCCAGAACCAGAUAGGUGGUGGCGCGAGCCUGGCGCCGGCGUCGUAAGCUAUCUCAAGCACCUCCGUACCGACCCACCCAGCACCACGCCACCACCAGGCGAAGACCGGCGCGGAUCGCGCAUCCGCACAAGUACGGGCGCACUAGACAUUGUCGAUACCGACGAUCUGCAGAUGGGCCUCUCGGGAUUGGGACCGAAACACCAGGCCCGAAGAGCCACGUUCACGGGUCCUGGCACUUCGGGUUCUUUUGGGGGCGGGGCACUAGAGCUCGAUGCGGGGGAGGAGGAAGCGCCAAAGUCGCGCAUCAAGACUUUUGGACGAGAGGGACUGUUGGGGUGGUAG